AGUUUAGAUGACAGUUUACGGUAGUUGGCGUUGGCUAGCUCUUACCAGAUGAUCUGACCUGUCAUUUCAGACUAACUUCUACACGCUACAGUUGUUUCAUAAUAGUAAGUGAUUUUAUGAGAAAUCCAGUCAUGUCUGCGAUUAUCAGGAAGAUAAUCAACACAACCAAAGCCCCUGGAGCUAUCGGGCCGUAUAGCCAGGCCGUGGUGGUGGACAGGACCAUGUACGUGUCUGGGCAGCUGGGGAUGGACCCCGCCUCUGGUCAGCUGGUGGAGGGAGGGGUGCAGGCCCAGACCAGGCAGGCCCUAGUGAACAUGGGGGAGAUCCUUAAAGAAGCUGGCUGUGGAUAUGACAAUGUUGUGAAAACCACUGUUCUCCUGGCUGACAUGAAUGACUUCGUCAGUGUUAACGAUGUCUACAAAACAUUUUUCACCAGUAACUUCCCAGCCAGGGCCGCCUACCAGGUUGCUGCCCUACCAAGGGGUGGGCUAGUGGAGAUUGAAGGUGUCGCGGUCCUGGGCCCUUUGACCGAUGCUUCUUGAUGUGGCCCAUUCGUCCGUGAAUGGGCAGACAGUAGGGGACAAAUCGAUAAAAUCCCACAACCCCUAACAUGAUGUCACCACGACAACAACGUAUAAUGAAAAAUAUCACCUGUUGACCUAAUAUUUUAACAAGUAGUCAAAAGAAUUGAUUGGGUCAUGUAUGCUGUUUUUUUUUUUUUCCCAGAUACUCACAACAGUUUGACUUACAAGGUAAUUGUAAAAUAAAUUUAACUAUGUCAGAUAAAUCAGUGCAGGAUCUACACCUCACUGUGAUGAUAAUGGCCCCUGAAGGAAUCAAUUCAUUGGGCUUAUGUGAUGAGUUCCUACCUGACAAUGUUGCUGACUCACCAUGGUUUUAUGCCACGUCAUAAACUGUCCUAAGUCAGAUGGCUAUCGUGUUAAACAACGGGUAACUAGAUAUGAUGUGGCUGGUUAGUCGUCCGUGUGGCUGGUUAGCUGAAAGGUUAAAUACUCAUCAGGCAUUUCCAAUAUAGUGGGGCAGAACUCCACCUAGAUGAUGUGGUGAUAGAACCUUCAACAACCUGUCCUUCACAUUUGACUAUUUAGUCAUUCCGUACAAGCUCUUAUGCAAAGCGACUUCCCGGUGUGUUGCGAGGGCUGCAUACACAGUUGUGUAUUUUUUACUGGUCCGCCGUGGGAAUCAAACCCUGGCCCUUUGCCAGUCCCGCGUUGCAAAUGAGCCAUUUGGUACUGCUUUCCGUGUUACUACUGGUAGCACGUCCUGUUGCUUACCAACACCACACAAACACUUCCUGGUGGUGAGCUGGCCACGGCAUUGGCAUUUGCUUCUACUGUUGUCACAGAGAAGGAUGGCCAAAUUUGUCGCUGUUGUGAUCCAACGUUACUACGAAUGAGGAGUUUUUAGAGCCAGUCUUUCUCCAGACAACGGCUUUAUAUUCACUCCAGUCACGUUUAAGUCCAUCGACAUGCAGGAUAUGACUGAAAAGUACCUAUGAAGGUUUUCUGGAUCAGAUUUCGCCCCGCUUCCAUCCGGUACUGGUGAAUAACCUCUUCCUAAAGCCCUGUCUUAUCUCCCUCCUUUUCUAUGUAAUUCUGAGCACAAUAAAUAUUUAAUGAAGGAACCAUG